AUGAGAAUUCUGAAUGGAAGAACUCUUGGUGACUCGUUUGGUAAACCCACUUCCCAUCACAAAAAUGGAACUAGUGUAGUUGACUAUAUAAUCUGUGACCAAGAGCUUACACAAACCAUCGAAAACUUUAUUGUCAAACCACCAACCUACUUAUCUGACCACAGUCAAAUUGUGACGUGGAUGAAAACAAAGCAACAUAUUAACUCAACUAGCAACAUAACUCCGACUCCCAUAUCUACUACUCAUAAACUCCCUUAUCAAUUUAAAUGGGAAAAUAAUUCGCCGAUCUCAUUCACUGAAGCUUUAAAAUCAGUCGAAAUCCAACAAAAACUGGAAAGUUUAAUCAACUAUGACACUCCCCUCACAAAGGAAGGAGUUAACACAUUCGCUUCCAGAAUGGAAGAUAUUAUUUUGCAUGCCGGAAAGAGUUCCCUCCAAAUAAAAAAGACCAAAUUCAGAAACAAAAUAUCUAAUGUCUGUAAUAAGAAAUGGUUUGAUAAAGAAUGCCGUUUAAAAAGACAUUCAGUUAGGAAACUUGCCAACCAAAAACACCGUGAUCCCCUGAAUAACGAUAUAAGAAACGAAUACCAUUUUGCCCUCAAAAUUACAAAAACACGUUAA